AUGCCGUUCGGUUUAACUAUUGGAACGGACCGCGCGACUGCACUCCAACAAUCCAUUCAGGAUGAGCUCACAAGGCGGAAUUAUAGUCCCGACCCAGACCCUGUCAUGGCUGAAUACAUCACUAUAAUGAUUAUAAACGACAAGACUCCUGAGCAAAUAACGGGAGAACUCGAAGACUUAAUAGGAUCGGAUUUUGACCCCAGUUUCACGGAUUGGUUAUUCGCCGAGGCUGAGAAAGGCGCCGAAGAGUCUGUUGCGCCAGCCCAGACUGGCCCUCAACAGCCUGCUGAAUCAGUCGCCUCCGUGCCACCGCCAGCGAAUGACUCGUCGGCUCGCCGUCCUCCCCGCAAUGGUGUUUAUCAGCAGGCUCUUUCCCAAGCUCUCCCUUCCUCAGGACAAAAACGGACCGCCUCUGCUCGCUCUCCUUCACCCAACCAUGCCCACAAGAUGCGUAGGACCGACUUACCCACAGGCCCAAGAGCGAUGCAGCGCGAAGGCAAUCCUCGCAGCCUCAUUGACCGUGUUGGCGGACGGAGAAACAGCUUUGGGCAGGACGAAAUUCAGUCGCACAUCGACACCAUUGUGGGAAACCCGACUCCCGAGCAACAGCAGGCGAUGAUGAUGAGUGCAGGGUUCCCCAUGGGCAUGGACAUGAGUGUCAUGAACGGGAUGGCGAACCCUUUGAUGCUGCAAGAGAUGAUGAUGAACCAAAUGGCGCUUAUGGCGCAAAUGGCUUCGACGAUGGGCAUUAUCAAUCCAGCGACGGGCCAGUUUGGCGGUGGAUUCAAUGACCCAGCUGCUUUCCAAGGACAGCCUGGAAUGGAGGGAGGGUUUCACGGAGGGCCUCAAAAUGGGAGAGGGCGGGGCGGUGCUGGAAGAGGGCGUGGCCGUGGUCGUGGUGGGCCACCUUCAUCUGGACCAAAACCAAUGGCUGCAGAAAAUGCAGCGAUACCUAUUGUCGCACCGACACCAGCUCCUCCCCCAGCUGUUGCCCCUGCUCCGACCGGUGGUUUGACUGGGUAUAUACUUCCCGAACGACCGCAAUCGCCCACACUAUGCAAGUUUGGUGUCAAAUGCAGCAACGCGCAUUGUCGGUGGUCGCAUCCUUCUCCAGUCGCAACUGCAGAAACUGGCGUCGUUCUGAGUAACGAGGCCUGCGAGAAUGGGAAAGACUGUAAAGACAAAGACUGCGUCAAGGCUCAUGUCAGUCCCGCCGUUCUUAAUCCGCAAGCCGCUUCACAACCACCUCCCGCCGCUCACCAUGCUCCUCCACCACACGUGACUCAUCCUCCGCCAUCAGGCGUACCUUGUCGCUUUGGUGCUGCGUGUACACGCACCGGUUGCACAUUCACGCAUCCACCAAACCACCCAUCUAAUGCCUCGAAUCCGCAUUUCGCUCAACCUUGUCAUUUUGGCGCUGCUUGUACGCGGGCCAACUGUCUCUUCAAGCACCCCGAAGGCCGUGUGCUGCCCAACUCGUUCCACCGUGGUCUUUCGGCGGCAGCGCCUCUCGUCAGCGUCCCGAAUCCCGAGACAGGUUCAAUUGGAGCGGCGAGCCAUCACAAGAGCGUCAAGUUCAAUGGCAGCGGUGGCGCGAGCGUGAAGGAGAAAUUGGAGAAGCAGAUGAAGGAGAUUGAAGAACAGAAGCAGGCCGUCAAGGCUGCCCAGGAGGCAGCGAAAAAAGACAAGGAGAGAUCCGUCCCCGCUGCAGCAUAG